AUCUCUCUCUCUCUCUCUCUCUCUCUCUCUCUUCUAAUAACUAAAUUUUGAGUUCAAUUGUUGCUGGUGAGGCUCCCUCUCUCUCUCCUCUCUCUUUGACUCUACAGAGAGAGAGAGAGAGGGGGUAGAGAGAGAAGUAGAAGAUGGAGAGAGCAGGGGAGAAGUCAACGCCGGCGGCGGCGGCGGAGGAGGAGCGGAGGUGGCGGUGGCGCGAGGGUGCCGUCACCUACGCGCACCUCCUCCUCUACAUCGCCCUCUCCAGCGGCCAAAUCUUCUUCAACAAGUGGGUCUUGUCCUCGAAGCAAAUCAACUUCCCCUAUCCAGUGGCGCUGACUUUACUGCACAUGCUCUUCUCCUCUGUUGUUUGUUUUGCACUUAUAAAAGUAUUUAAGAUCAUAAAAAUUGAGGAGGGGAUGACUACAGAGAUAUAUGCCACCUCAGUCGCUCCCAUUGGUGCAAUGUUCGCAAUGACUCUUUGGCUGGGAAAUAGUGCAUACCUCUACAUAUCUGUUGCAUUUGCACAGAUGUUAAAAGCUGUUAUGCCUGUAGCUGUGUUUUUUCUAGGAGCAGCUGCUGGUCUUGAGGAACUGAGUUGUAGAAUGUUCCUUAUCAUGUCAGUAAUCAGUUUCGGAGUUAUUGUGGCUUCUUAUGGUGAAGUCACGAUUAGCUGGGUUGGUGUAGUUUAUCAAAUGGGUGGGGUUAUUGCUGAAGCUUUGAGACUGACCUUCAUCGAAAUCUUUUUGAAGAAAAAGGGUGUUAAAUUGAAUAUAAUAUCUAUGAUGUACUAUGUCAGUCCAUGCAGUGCACUGUGCCUAUUUGUUCCCUGGAUAUUCUUAGAGAAACCAAAAAUGGAUUCGAGCGGUUCCUGGAACUUUCCACCAGUGACAUUGUUUUUUAAUUGCCUCUGCACUUUUCUACUCAACCUAUCAGUUUUUGUUGUUAUCUCUCGUACUAGUGCGCUGACAGCUCGGGUCACUGGAGUGGUCAGGGAUUGGGUUGUAGUUCUGUUCUCGGCUUUAAUAUUCGCUGAUACAAAAUUGACGGUCAUAAACAUAAUUGGUUAUGCCAUAGCUAUUGCAGGUGUUGUAGGGUACAACAAGCACAAGCUAAAAGUGGGAACAUCGCCAACGGCUUCGUCACAAUCAAACUCAAACCAUAAUAACCCAGAAAGUUCUCAAGAUGUUCAAAUACCCUUGGUUCCUCCAAAAGAAGCUGCGUAGAAUGGUCUCGAUUAAAUUUUUUUAGGUUAAGCAAGUUCUCGCUCGGCUAUAAUUCGGCCAUGCUGUCCUCAGGAUUCUUUUUUUUUGUCAUUAAAUGCUUAGGAUUCUUGUCCCAUUACUGUUUAGAAUUGGGAGUGUUAUACCAAUUUAAGCUGCAAAAAAGUAAUCGUUGAGCACGGGAAAUUCUUCGGCAAUAAUUCAAAUAGCUGGUUUUCCAUUAGUUAGAUUUAAAGUUUCUUGUUUUGAAUCCUUAAGGCGCCGCGUCACCUUAUUUACUUGUCAUCUAUGCAUGUUCUUGUAUCGCAUACCUUGUUGUUUUUGUUACUAAACAGGAUGUAUACUCAAAAAAUUUGAAAACAUCAAUAUAGAACCUUUGGUCUCUUGCAGUAGUUUGUAUC